AUGGGAAAGAAGCGCACUGCUUCCGAGUCGCGCCACGGCGCCGAAAAGCCCUUCCAGAAGCACGACAAGGCCCACAAUCGCUCCAAGGAAAACCGCCAUGGUGCCCGCGAUCCCAAGCCUGCGCCGGCCGGCAAAAAGAGCUCUCUGACGUUCGAGCCUCGUCCCGACUGGCAUGCCGCUGAGCUUCCUCCCAUCUCUAUCCCCGACGACUUCAACCCUCCGCCGCGCUACGUUCUCGACGGUGUCCAACAAUAUGCCGUCUCCCUGCUCGAGUCCGAGAACAAAACAUACGCCGACAGCAACAUGUCGGCCGACUCGUCUCACAAGUUCUUGAACACCAUCAUGGCCUCGGGUACUCUGGAGGACAAGGUUUCGGCUUUGACCCUGCUGAUUCAGGAAUCACCGCUGCACACCAUGAAGGCUUUUGAGAACCUGCUAGGACUGGGCAAAAAGAAGAGCAGGAACCAGGCACUCCUCGCGUUAGGUGCUCUCAAGGAUCUGCUGGGCCAGGGCGUGGUACUGCCGCCUGAUAGGAAAUUGCGCUCCUUCAUCAAGCAACCUGCCGUACUCGCUGCAUUCUCCGGACCCAACGCAAAUUGGGAGGAGGGCCAGCGCCUGCCCCCUGGUAUCGAGAACGUCCACUUGAUCUCCUGGGCAUACGAAGAUUGGUUGAAGCGCACCUACUUUGAGAUGCUAAGGAUUCUCGAGGGCUGGUGCAACGACGAAGUCGAGUACUCGAGGAGCCGUGCCAUCACCUUCGUCUACGAGUUGCUGAAGGAGAAGCCUGAACAGGAGGAAAACUUGCUGAGGCUGCUGAUCAACAAGCUGGGAGACAACGAGAAGAAAAUCUCCUCUCGUGCCUCGUACCUCCUUCUUCAACUUCAGAAUUCGCACCCGGUCAUGAAGGGUAUCAUCAUCAACGCCAUCGAAUCCGAAUGCCUCUUCCGCCCCAACCAAAGCCCUCACGCCAAAUACUACGCCAUCAUCACCCUGAAUCAGACCAUCUUGAGCGCAAAGGACCCAGAUGUGGCGAGCAAGCUGCUGGAGAUCUACUUCGCGCUGUUUUUGAGCUUAUUGAAGCAUGGACAGAAGUCGGAAGUGAAAGAGAACAAGCUUCAGGGAGGCGGCGGCCAGGCCGGCAAGAAGGCGAAACAGAAAGCUAAGGCGAAAGAGAAGGAGCAAGAAAAGGUUAUAAAUGCUGAGUCGGAGCUGAAUGAAAAGCUCAUUGCCGGUGUCUUGACUGGUGUAAACCGCGCCUUCCCCUACGCCAAAACCGACGAUGUCGCUUUCGAAAAGCAGCUCGACACCAUCUUCCGCGUCACCCACUCCUCAAAUUUCAACACCGCCAUUCAGGCCUUGUUGCUGAUCCAGCAAAUCUCAGCAGCGAAGCACUAUUCGACCGACAGGUUCUACCGGACACUAUACGAAUCAGUGCUGGAUCCCCGCCUCCUGCACUCUUCGAAACAAGUCAUGUACCUGAACCUCCUGUACAGAUCACUGAAGGCCGACGUCAGCAUCAAGCGCGUCAAGGCUUUCGUCAAGCGUCUGCUGCAGGUCAUCACCCUUCACGAGCCGCCCUUCGUCUGCGGUGUGCUCUACCUCAUCUACGAGCUCACCAAGACCUUCCCCAGCAUCAAAACCAUGCUCGAGACGCCCGAACUCGACGACGAAGACGAAGAAGAGCACUUUGUCGACGCGCCCGAAGAAGGCGGCGCCGCCGACGACUCGACCACCACCGCAUUCGCAACCAAACCCUCGCCCUCAUCCACGGGCCCCCACUACGACGGCCGCAAGCGCGACCCCGACCACGCCCACGCCGACCUCAGCUGCCUCUGGGACCUCACCCCGCUGCGCCUGCACUUCCACCCCAGCGUCUCGCUCUUCGCGUCGCGCCUGCUCUACCACAGCAGCAGCAGCAGCGGCGCCGGCGACGACUACAUGCCGCCCAAGCCGGACCCGACGCUGCACUCGCUCGCCCACUUCCUCGACCGCUUCGCGUACCGCAACGCGCGCCAGCAGAAUCAGCAAAAGGGCGAGCACGGCGUCUCCAUCAUGCAGCCCAUGGCGGGCAGCGCCGCAAAGGCGGCCGACCUGCUCGUGCGCGCGGGCGGCGACGCGGCCAGGGCGGAGGCCCCGCUCAACUCGGAGGCGUUUUGGCGCAAGCGCGUCGAGGACGUGCCGGCGGACGAGGUGUUUUUCCAUCGGUACUUUGAGAAGAGCGGGGCGCGGUCGAAGAAGGGGAAGGGGGGGAAGAAUAAGCAGGCGGUGGAGAAGGAUGGCGAUGGUAGUGAUGGCGAGGAUGCGGAGGAGCAGGAGAUUUGGAAGGCGUUGGUGGGGAGUCGGCCGGAUGUGGCGGGGCCGGAGGACGAGGACGAUGAGGAUUUGGAGGAGUUGGGGGAGUUGAUGGGGAUGGGGGAGAGUGAUGAUGAGGAGGAGGAGGAGGAUGAGGAUGAGGAUGAGAGCGAUGGUGAUGGUGACGUCGUCAUUGCAGAUGGGCCAGAUGAGGAAGAAGACGAAGACGACGAGGAGAUGGUGGAUGCGCAGGUGGUGGAGGAGCCGAGGACGAAGAAGGACGAGAAGAAACCCAAGGCCGCCGCCAAGGACGAGGCCGAGGACAAUGAGGGCAGCGACGUCGGCGGCUUCGAUUUCGACGAUGGAGACGAGGGCGCGUUCGUUGGCAGCGACGAGGAGCUGGAGCUGCCGAGCGAUUUCGACUGGGAGGAUGAGGAGGACGAGGAGGAGGAAGUGCGGGAGGAGAAGCCGAAGAAGGGCAAGAAGGGCAAGAAGGGUAGCGAGAAGAAGGCUGCUGCUGCUGCUGCUGCUGCUGCCCCGGCGGCGGAAGAGGCCGGCGACGAAGGGGAUAAGGAUAAGAGAGGGAAGAAGCGGAGGAAGCUCAAGCACUUGCCGACUUUCGCGAGCGCGGAGGAUUAUGCGAAGUUGCUGGGUGAUGAUAGCGACGGGUAUUAG